GCGACCGAGUCAGUAGCGUCCUUUUGGUGGAUCUGUGUGUGGUAGGGAAAUACAGUAAUGGAUUAAGCAAACUAUACUGAUCAAAGUCACAUAAAUAAAUCCGAGUUGUAGCAAGCCUAGACCUUCUAUCUUCCUGGAUUGGGUGAAGAUAAAUAUAAAAAAUUACGAAUCACGAAUGCAAAAUGCCACCGAAGAGUAAGAGUCCCUUGCAAACUGUGCAGAGGAAUACAGACGAAAUCAAAAGAAAAGUGGACAGUUUAUUUCAAGAAAUCCAACAACCAGAUGCUACCCAGCAUCCUAAACAAACCGAAGCAUUUCAAAGAUGCAUUAAGUUACAAAAAUCUGUUGAAGAAACUCUGAAGACUUUAAGGGCAUUAAACAAGGCGGAUGAACCUGUACCAGUAGGGACUUAUGACCAAAGGAAACGGGAGGAAGACAUGAGAUUACUGAAUUUACAGCAUCAGCUCCAGAUGCUGGCAGAACGGUUGGUCCCUGAUACUGCAAAUAAGCAAGUUGUCAAUGCACGGAUAGAAAAAGCAAGUACAUCCAAAGUAGAAGAUGAGGAGGAGGAGGAGGACAAUGAAGAGGAAAGUGAAGAGGAGGACGAUGAAGAGGAAAGUGAAGAGGAAGAUGAAGUGGGCCCUUCUGUUAAUAACUUCAUUGCUGUCUGUGACUUCAAUUCUCAACAAGAAGGGGAUCUGACAAUAAAGAAAGGUGAAAUCCUGAGAGUGCUCUCAAAAAAUCCUGAUGGCUGGUGGUUGGCUCAAGACUCCAAAGGAAACAAGGGGGUGGUUCCAAAAACAUACUUGCGGAAUUGUAAUGAUGAAGAGGAAGAAACGGAGACUGAGGAAGACUCUGAAGAGGAGACAGAUGAAGUGAAACAAAGGGCAAAGACAGACAAACAGAAAGAACAAAGAAAGCACAGUGGUACAAAGUCCAACUGGGAUGCUGUAAGAAAAGCAGUCACAGAGAUCAGUGCAUCUGAUGUACUGUCUGCCAUGGGAGCCAUUCCAGCUGGGUUUAGGCCCUCAACGCUGUCUAAGCUCUUGGAAGAAGGGAAAGCGUUCCGAUCGAGUCACUUCCUUCAGCCUGAAUACAGCCAGUCUCAGUUGGCUUUUAAAGACCUUUUAUGGAGCCCUGAUAAGGGAAGUGUGCGACCCAGGGUGUCCAGAGUGUCACUGACCCUGACAUUGUGGAGCUGCAAGAUGAUUCCUCCUCCUGGAGUUGGUGUUCAGGUUCUCAGCAGACACGUCAGACUUUGUGUGUUUGAUGGCACCAGAGUUUUGAGUAAUAUCCACACAGUUAGAGCAUCCUGCAAUAACAAGAAUACCAGAACAUGGACCUUCUCUCCUAGGGUUUCAGGUAUCCUGCCCAGCCUGUUGGAUGGGGACUGUUUUGUGAGAUCAAAUUCACAAUCUCCUGAACUGGGAAUUUUAUUUGAACUUGGCAUUUCCUACAUUCGGAAUGCCACAGGUGAACGAGGAGAGCUGAGCUGUGGCUGGGCGUUCCUCAAGCUCUUUGAGGCCAGUGGAGUUCCAGUGCCAUACAGAACCUAUGAGCUUGCAGUGAAUGGGGGUACACCAUACGACAAAGGUGUUGAUGUUGAUCCCUCUAUUGCUAGAAGAGCAAGUAGCAGUGUGUUUCAGCAGAUGAUGACUUCAAGAAGACAGCCAAAGUUUUUUGUCAAAUUGAAAUACGCAAAUUCUAAGACGAGGACAGCUUUGCAGCUUCUCCCAGAUACUCUGGUAGGAAGUACAUGCAGCAUUCACCUCCUGGCUUUAUAUAGACAUAUUCUAGCAGAUGCACUUCUGAGAGACAGAUUGACAAUGCAGAAUGCUGACCUCAUCUGCAGUCCUGUAUUGGCAACUUUUGCACAAGUAUUGGAUCAGACAGAUCUUCUGGAUGCUCUCAGAAGUGUGUGGGCAGAAAAGGAAGGCUCUUUAAAGAGAUCGGAAAAGAGGGACGGUGAGUUCAUGAAGACUCUGUUUGUUCAGUUGUACAUGGACACUGUCUACCCCCUCCUGCACUCCCUAGCUCUGCCGCCCUGCCAGUGGGCUGACCAGGAGACCGAGAGCUUGCGAUGGAGGAUCAUCGCGGGCAUCCUGGCAGUAAACAAGCAGAAGGAGAGCGCUCUCUCCUCUCUGCUCUCUGAGGAGGCCGCACAGGAGGCAUUCGAUGUCUCUGAGGUAGCCUACGACUUUCUUACAAAGGCACGAGAGACAGCAGCCACUGCAUGAUGUGAGGGGACGUUAUUCACACCCGCACGGCAGUCUGGGGUCCUUUGGUUUUAAAGCAGGGGCGGGCCUUGUUCUCAAGGCCUAGUGUCUUUAGGUUUUUGUUCCAACAUGCUUAGUCUUAUGUACAUUUUAUUAGAUGUACAUAAGAUUUUCUUAAAGCAUUCUACAUUUGAUUGCUUUUACUUACAGUACAUAUUUACUUCAUUGAAGGUAUGUUGACCUACAAAUAUGUUCUAUAUUUUUGGUGCUUAUUUUAUAAUGACAUACCUUCUUUUCAGAUUCAGUUAUCUCUCACUGCACCUUCACUAGGCCCCAAUUUAAAGUCAUUAUUAAACAUAAUUAUGUCAUUCAUUUAUCAUGGUUAUGAGUGAAAUGCAUACCUUCCCAUUUCUGUUGAAACGACUUGCAAGAUGUCUUCUUUAACAAUUGAAGAGAAAAAUGCAUGAAUAGGUGCAAAUAUAUUGGUAUUUAACAGAAUUGCUAUUCAAGAUAAACAGCCCCUGGAAAUGGCAACUGACAUCAAAUAGUUUGUAAACUAUUCGAACGAUUAAGCCAAACCACUCAAUAGCUGUAUUAUGAAGUGAAAAGUACCUCACCUUGUUUCUUAAUUUUUAUUUUUGUGUUUUUAAAUGGGAAACAAAAAAGUCCAAUUUAAAGCGAUGUCACCUGACUACAACUAAUCACAAACACCUUGUUUCAUAGGUCUUGUUAGAAGUAUUACAAUUAUGCAGUUAAUUAAAUACUGAGUAUUUUUGUUCUUUUUGUUUAUUUGGGCAGUACAGUGUUAAAGGAAAGUGCCUCUCAAUCAUUCCUUCUUGAGUCGAAUUGGACACAGUGGCUGCUACCCAUUUUAUUAUGAUUCAUUGUUGAAUGAAUGAGAUGAUUAAAAAAAAAUCAUUGAGUGUUGCACACAUUACAAAUGUACAUAUAUAUAAUGUAUUCACUUGAACUGUGUCUUCUGUUUAUAAACUGUA